UCGCUAAGUAAGUUAGCUGGAUUUGAUUGUUGACGAUUUCGCGUGAUCUUGGAUCGUUCGGUUCUCCGAAGCUCAUCCGGGACUUGCUGUCAUAGCAACAGAUCCGUAAGCGUAAACCUGCUUGGGAGCAGGCUUACUUUAUGUAAACAGGAUUAGAUCAGGACGCCAUGACUCACCCGGGCCCCAUCUCAUUGGUCAGCAUUGUCCUCGUACUCCUGCUAAGCCCCGCCUCCUCAGAGACCAGUGCCCUGCAGGACCUGAUCAGCAGGAACGCGGACUUUGGCGCCCGUCUGUACCGAGUACUCGCCGCCCGCUCUGACGAGAACGUCCUGCUGUGUCCGUUCACUUUGUCUGCUGCUCUGACAGUGCUGCUGAGUGCCACCAACGGACAGACCCGCGAGCAGUUGCAGGCGGGACUCACGCUGACCGGGCUGGACGCUCAGACACUCCCAGAUGUGUUUCAGACUCUGAGGAACGCCAUUCCGACAGUCUCUCUGCAGCAGGGUGCGGCCAUCUUCCCCUCUCAGAGUGUCCAAGUGGCCUCGUCCUACCUGAACCUGGUUCAGACCAAGCUCGGAGGCACAGUUCAGGGUGUGGACUACACAAAGGCUUACGAAGCCGUCAACACCAUCAACCACUGGGCGCUGGAGCAGACUGUAGAAAAGGUCCAGAAUUUAAUUUCCGAAGUGGACCAUCAGACCCAGCUGCUGCUCGCCGCCGUUACCGCCUACAGAGCAAGCUUCACUCCGCCCUUUAAUGCGUCGUCCACUCAGGACGAGCGGUUCUAUGUGGAUAGCUAUCAUGUCGUCAUGGUUCCGAUGAUGUUCAGGGCCGAUAAGUACUUGCUGGCGUACGAUGCUGCGGUGAAGGCUGGCGUGCUGAAGCUGCCGAUGACAGACGGCGCAGCCAUGUUGGCUGUGCUUCCCGAUGAAGGCGUGGACGUCACCGCCGUGGAGGAGGAAGUUACGGCUGAUAAGAUCCAGGCCUGGAUCCGCCAGCUGAAGAAGACGAAAUUGGAGGUACAGUUUCCUCGCUUUUCAUUGGACCGUUCAUACUCACUUAAGGAUGCACUGCAGACUCUUGACAUCACCCAGGUCUUUCAGGAUGACGCUGACCUCAGCAACAUGGGUGGAGCUGAAGGGUCCAAACUUAAACAGGUGUAUCAUACGUCUGUCAUCUCCGUCGAAGAGAGCAGCAGUGACACCAGCGCCGGAGAUGCAGUGUUCUCCUCACCUCCUCCUCGACUGACAUUCAACAGACCCUUCAUCUUCAUCAUCUACCAUCAAAGCACCAGUGGCCUGAUGUUCAUUGGCCGAGUCAACGACCCCACCCGCAAAUAAAUGGGCCCACACACCAACCCACAGCCUCCACGGCGGCAAACAGUCCACCCCCCCCCCCCGUCCCAUCUUCUAAUGAUGUCCUGUGACAAAUAUUAGCUAGAUAUAUAACAGCGAUUUACAUUAUUAAUUCUGUUAGCGUCCCAUUAGCGGCUUUGUCUGUAACAUUCUCUCUGACAUCUGACUGUAACAUCUUUAUCAUUAUCAAUAAGAGCACAGUCACACUAGGAAAAACAAUGGUUGGAGAUCACGGUGUGACCGUAUGCAGUCACCUUGUGAUCUUUGUGAAGUUUUGAGUUGGUCACUUUGAAGACAGAAAGUAGUUAUUAGAGGAACCACUCCUACUCAGCUGCUGUCUUCAGGCCAACAUUGGUGGAUUAAGAUGUGAUAAAGCGGUGAUCAAUUAGUAAGAAGAUUUUCAUAUUUUGGAGUUCUGUAUCCACAGUAAGAAAGCUUCGCUAUGAGGGCAUCGCUAAAGAAUUACUAGGUAAAUGGUUCUGGAGCUGCUAUAAUGGGCCCAUAAAGAAGAACAGACACACUCCUGAAUGAAAGAAUCAACACCUGUGGUCCAUGGUGCUGUGAUACAGAGCUGAGUCAUUUUCAUAUUAACCCUCAGACUCUGAAAGUCUGCCGUUGAUCUCAGUGAAUGGAGCAAGACUCCUUCCCAAGUUCACAGUUGAGGCGCGGCAGGAAUGCAGAAGAAAAAUCCUUCAUCAAAGCGGUCUGUUUUCUUAAGAAUCUACUGAGUAUAAAUUUUUAUCACUUCUUUCUUUAAACUGGCUGCAUUUUCUGUUGUUGCAGUUUGACACAUGCAUGGCACAGCUGGAUUUAGUUCUCGUGUGUUAAACAUUUGUCUUGUAUUUGGAGAAUGCGUAAGUCUUUGCACACAUUAAUUGAACCCGUUUAACAUAUCGUGAUGUUCAAAUAUUAUUCUAAAACACUGACACAGCCACAUUAAUAGCUGCAUGUUGGCAGAGAUACAUUUUGCAUUAUGGCCUAUUGAGGGAAGUAAAAGAAGGAAAUAUGAAUGUAGCUCUGUGUGUGCGCACACGUUUUUGUUGUGUACUGAUCUCUGUGAAGAAUAAAGACUUUUAAAGCCACUCUGCUCUAAAAGACAAUAGGACCUUGCAUCCACAGUGUGUUGGGAUUCUCCUUCUUCCUCUCCUUGAUGCUCCAUCAAGUUCAGUUUUGCUCAGUUUAAGUCAAAUCCCAGUAUUUGUCUUGAUGCAUGCUCAGUCAUCUAGUUAAGGAAAUCCCAAAAAAGUUGAUUCUGUUCGUCUGGACGUUUUCAGUGGGAGAAACGUUUCGUCAUCAUAAGGUGACUUCUUCAGUCUCAGCUGACUGCAGGUUUCCAACCUUAUAAACAGUACAUUUGCACAAUAACUGAAACUAGCCCACUGAAUUUCUCUCUGUGAAUGGUACUCAUGGCUAUUGAUCAAUAGUGGUUGUUGAUCAAUGGUCAUGACAAGUUGCAUAUAAUUGAUCAAGGAACUGACCUCGCAGCCCAUUAUUCAGUGGGCUAGUUCAGUUUCAGUCAUUGUGCAAAUGUACUGUUUAUAAGGUUGGAAACCUGCAGUGAGUUGAGACUGAAAAAGUCACCUGAUGAUGACAAAACGUUUCUCACUGAAAACAUCCAGACGAACAGAAUCAACUUUUUCGGAAGUCCCAGUAUCACUGUGGAGCAGGGAUAUGUUAGGGUUAACGCUCAAAGUGAGUACUGAGUAAAGUGCGACAGGACAGAGCCAAAGUUUUAAGGCUGAGUAAUUUAUCCAUGUUGGCAAUCUGUCUGUGUUUGAGUGAUAGGUUGCCGGAUUACUUACAAUCAGCCCCAGACGUGAAAAAAAUUCAGUGCAGUCAUUCAGCUGGUUUCUCCUGGUCACAUGAAGGUUACUCUCCUGUUUUUUCCUCAAGUGUGACUGAGGCCAUAGUUUCACAGAGAAUAUAGAUAAUAUUCAUCAGUAAUUUCAGUAAGUUAGCGCUGAUAUUUUAUUUUUUGUUUGUUUUAACUGUUGUUUUUUUUUAAAUUCUUUUCCACUUUUGAAACUUCUGUGUGAAACUCUGAUGUAGACCUCUCCAUCAGCUGCACUUUGUGUUUACAGCUGAUUAGCAUGUUGUGUAUCCUGUGCUGUUGCAUUUAUGAAAUAUUAAACCUAUUUAACGUGAA